GUCACUUUAUUGAUGAAUGGUUCUCUGUGGGUAAAAAGUUGCCUUCAUUUAGUUUAAUUGAUGAAACAAAUUGAACCAGUUAAUUUACCAAAUGCAUAGUUAAAUAACUGGCCAGUUGUAGUUAAAAGAUAUCCAUGUUAAUUCAUGUUUGCCUGAUUAACAGUCAAAAUGAACUACAAAAUUGUGAUUUUUCCUCUUUUCUUGGUUACUUGUCUUAUCAACCAAGCUUCACCAAAUUGUCAACAGCAACCAACAGUAAAACAUGGACACUCUUCGUCAUCAAAUGUCUUUUCAUUCAAUAAUUUGUUUAACCAACAGGAAAGCUCAAACAAUCAACAGACUUGGAAUCAAAAUUUAUUGUUUAAUCCAUUUGAGUUAACCUUUAAAGCGCCAGGUCAAACCAGUCAAUCUCAUUUGGGUGACAAUUCAAAUGGUUUGCUGGUUAAUCCAAAGGUUAACAACUUAGCAUCUACUUCGGCUUCUAGUUCGUCUUCAGGUGCAUCUUCGAGUUCAUCAAAAGUAAAUGGUGGACAAACUCAUGCGACUAAUCGACAACUCUUUGCACCUGGUUUGUUUGACUUUUUUCAAGAGCAACCUACGAAAGUCAAUGUAAAUAGUCAUGGUCAGACAGUCAAUAAGGGUACAUCAGUUGCACCAAAACAGUCCAGUCAAGGGAAACAAUUAUCAACGCCUUUAGAAACUUUGAAAUCUUCAUCUGAAUCAACAUCGUCUUCAUCCACUGAAUCGACUUCGUUUUCAGAGUUCCCUUUACUUUUUUCUGGAUUGGUAUCAGCAACUGAUGCACAAGAUGAUGCAGAUGAUUUGCUUGGGCUGAUACAGCAACAUCAAAGUCAAUGGGGACAAAAUUUACCGACACAGCUUACAGGCCCAAAACAAGGCACCAAAGUACCAAAAGUGAAUUCAGGGGCAUCUUCGUUAUCCUCCUCGUCUUCAUUUAAUUCUGCGUCUUCUUUUCCUGGUUCUUCUCUUUCUUUGGGACACAGUCCGCAACAAAAAUUACCUAAAGAUGAUACGAUUAAGGCUCGGCAACAACUACAAAACUCUGGGAAAUUUUUACAAGAUAGCAUUUCUUCAUCGGUCGCAUCAUCGCCUUUUAGCUUCGAUCAACUGCUAACUGGUGAAGGUCCAAAAAAUGGCCAAGGAGUUGAGAAGGAUUCUUUAACUUCCAUUUUCUCUGAUGAUUCUUCUUCCUCUGAUUCUGCUUCUGCAACUUCAAAUGUUAAGUCAAUUAAUCAAAUAAAUCAAUUACAAUCAACAGCAGAUUUGAUCAAAUCGCUGCAACAAAAACAAAGCCAUCAACAGCAAAACAUCGAAAAAAUCGAAUCCCAGUCACCUUAUGAACAACUCUUAUCAUCUUCUGGACUAACACCUCAGUUGUUACAAUCACUAUCCUCUUCGGUUUCAUUGAGUUCAUCAAGUUCGUCAAGUGUGCCAAAAGUGAAUAAUCUUGGACACAUAAGUAAAUCUCAUGAGAAGCACCCUGCAGUUGAUUUAAACUCUUUUUUCCAGCAGGAAAGCGACAACCAAAAUAGGAAUUCGAUAGUUGACCGAGGCAACAAAGGUGCGUUGAAUAUACCAGCACAAGUUGAACAAAAAACCAACGAGCAAACCAAACCUGUGAAAUCUUCUGUAACAAUACCUUUAUUAACAUUUCCCUCAACUUCAAAGCAUUCUUCAGGUCGACCAGAGCGAUCCGGUAGUGCAAGUAUUCACAGUCAAAAUAGUAAAAGUGGACAAACAGGAACAAGUGCCAGGAUUAAUAAUCAUGGAUCAGUGACGAAACCUGUAACAAACACUGAACAUGAUACUUUAUUUUCGUCUUUUUCAUCUUCUUUUACUCCGAUAUUCAAUAGUGCUUUUCAAAUACAGUCCAAUGAACAACAAAAUUUAGCCGAUUUAGCUACAAUUAUACAAAGACAACAAAAUCAAAAGUUAACUGAUCAACAGAAAAGCAACAAAGAUCAAUCACAAAAAUCCUCUCAAACUUCAAUUCCAUCUUCAUCUUCGUCUUCUUCAACAGAUUCAUCUUCCCUCUCAACUGAACAAAUCCAAAAGCUUAACACAUUCGACUUACUUAAACUGAUACAGCAAGAGAAUAAUGAAGAGAAAACAAAUUCAAAUGAAGAUUUAGCAACAAAAAUUGGACAAAACAGUGACAAGAGUAAGCAUCAACCACCAAUAAACACCAAUAAACCAACUUCAUCUUCACCAUCCUCUUUAUCAGCAUCUACUUCAGUUGUUUCAACUUCACCAUCAACUUCGAAACUUUCAACAUCUCAAACUGUUCUACCUUUAUCAUCAAUAAAUGCCAAGCUUCAGUCGGACAGUCUAAUAAAUUCAGCAGCUUUGUCUUUAGCAGCAUUAUCAUCUUCUAAUCUAGGUUCGCCGAUCACAACAGCAAAUAGUCCUCUAAUAAAUGGAAAAACUAAUGUGCCUUUAUCAGCCACAGAAUCAGAAUCUUCAUCUGAUUCGUCCUCAACCUCAGGAUCAUCUUUGAUUUCUGCAUUGAAUAAACUCUCACAAACUCCGAUCUUACCUUCAUCAAAAUCAUUGUCUUCGUCUACUUCAUCUCAGGAUAGCGUGAUUUCAAAUCAACAAAUUAUUAAUCAAAAUUUACCUGUAAAGAACGAAAAGUCGACUGAUCAUAGGCAAAUUCAAACGGAUCAAAAUAAGCAAUACAAUAAACAAAAAACACCUUCAAUAAUUGAUUCACAGCCAAGUCUUCAACUUCACUCUAAAUCAGACCUCAAGACACCAAUACAAUCUUUACCAAUUGAACAAGUGACCGAAAAUAUCAAGAAUCAGCAAAAAUCAAGUAGUACAUUACCCACAACAACAUCUUCCUUGACUGCUUUAACUGAUUUAUCAUCGCUCUCAACUGAUCAAAUACAGCAGCUCACUAAAGCUGACUUUAUUGGACUUUUACAAAACCAAAAUAAUAAAGAGAAACCAACUUCACACGAAAGUUUAGUGCCUAAUAUUAGACAAAACAGUGGCAAGCCAACAGUUAGUUCUGAUACAGAAUCAUCAUCAGUUUCAUCAUCUAAUUCAGCUUUCUUAACUUUACCAUCAACAACAAAACUUUCAAAACAAAUGUCAAGUAGCUCUGCUGAGAGUUCAGGAACACAUUUACCUCUAUCAGUAACUGCUUCAGAAGCCGCAAUAGCAGCUGCAUUAUCGUCCCUUUCUGAUUUAAAUGACGACGACGAUGACGAUGAUGAUGAUGAUGAUGAAACAGAAGACGAAGAAUCAACUGAAGAGUCAUCAGAAAUAGUUAAGCAAUCAGUGAGACCUGUGCAGACUCCGAUCCAACCGUCUUCACCAACGGAUUUAUCUUCCCUUUCCACUGCCCGAAUACAAAAAAUUAACACAGAAGACUUGCUUAAGUUGACACAUCCACAAAAUCGUAAAGAUAAAACAACCUCAGAAGAAAGUUCAGCACCUAUCAUUGGACAAAACAGUGACAAGAGUAAGAAUAGACCUACAGCAAACACUAAGCCUUCACCCUCAUCAUCUAGCUCAGCCCAUUCAACGUCUCCAUCAACUUUGAAUUCUGAGUCAAACAAUAAUAAACAGAAAUUAAGUGCGGCUCAAAUCUACUCAGAAGCGGGUUCGAUGCUAACAGCCUCAUCAUCGCUUUCUGAUGAACAAAUCAAGUCGCUUACUGCAUCACCCAGCCCGAAAGCAAAGUCCUCAUCCUUAGUUUCAUUAGCUAAUUUAGAUUCUUUGACUACACCACCAAAUACUAAACUUUCAAAACAAUUGCCAACUGGUACUGAUGUGAGUUCAGGAGAAAAUUUACCUUUGGUAGCAACUAACGCAGCGAUCGGCGCAGGAUCUGCAAUAGCAACAGCAUCCGCACUUUCAUCUUCUGAUUCAGACUCUUCCUCAGUCUUGCUUCCACUUUUACAUUCAUCCUCAUUAGGUUAUCUUAGUUUACAAAAUGACAAUCAAGAUUCAACUGAUCUAAAAUCUGGAAGUAUUGUUACGCCACUCAAAAAACCUACACAGACUUUAAUCACACCAGCAGCAUUAUCUUCUUCAUCUCUGUCAACUGAUUUGUCUUCAUUAACGGCAGAGCAAAUCCAACAGCUUACUCCAGAAGAUUUGGUUAAACUGUUAAAGCAACCGAAUAAUCAAUUAGACAAAACUUUAAGUGGAGUUAUACCACAGAAUGCUGAUCAAAUCAGUGGUAAGGAUACGAAACCAUUAGCAGUCAGCUCUGGAAGAUCAUCGUCGUCUCCAUCUCACUCGGUUUUACCUGCAUCCUCCACAUCACCAUCUACUCCAUCGCUGCAUGUCCAACCAGCAGCAUCAAUACAACCAGAAUUAACAGAUUCUUUAACGACUUCUGCAUUAGCCUCAGCUUCAGUGCUAUCUUGGCUCUCUGCUGAACAAAUAAACCAGCUUACUGAAGCUGAAUUGAUGGCGCGUAUACAACAACAACAAAAUAACCAACGGGCCAAUAUUUCGCAGAAAAGUAGUUCCUCUAAUGGUGAAAAGAUCAAUGAUAAAGGUAAGAAUCAAGAAAUAAAAAGUAUGCAAGCGCAAGCAAAUUCUGCUCUUUCAGUUAAACCAACACCAACAACCCAACCAGCAUCAGAACACUCAGCUUCAUCUCGCGUUUCCACUGGUCAAAUACAUCCAACUUCCUCAUUCAACGUGAAUAGAAUUUUACAAAAUCAAAACAAUGGUUUAACUAAUCAACAAGCAGCCAUUGUUGGAUCAUUGAGUAAACCCUCACAAACUCCGAUUUUGCCUUCAUCUUUGUCCAAAUCUACUUCAUCUCAAGAUAGUAUAAUUUCAAACCAACAAAUAAUUAAUCAAAACUUGAAUUUACCUGUAAAGAAUAAAGAAUCAGUCGAUCGAAGGCAACCAAAUUCUGAGAAACUUACACAAACUGAACAAAAUAAGCAAAGAAAUGAACAAAAAACACCUUCGUCAAUGGAAUCGCACCCAAGUCUACAAUCUCACUUUAAAGUAGACCUUAAAACACCAAUAAAAUCUCCACCUUCUGCUACUGAACAAGUCACUGAAAAGAGCAAUAAUCAGCAAAAAUUAAGCACCAGUGCAUCACCCACAACACCGUCGUCCUCUUUAACAUCAUCCACUCCACUUGUUUCAACAGCAACAGAAUCUUCAUCUGAUUCGUCUUCCCCUUCAGUGUCAUCUUUAAUUACUGCAAUUCCAAUAAGUGACCAAAAAAGUAAAGCUCCAACUAAUAAACAAACAGGUAUUCAACCUACAACUUCAUCUUCUAGUCCUUCUACUGCUCCUUCCAAAACUUCACCUUCACCUUCAAUUGGCUUUAAAUCGAUUCCGGAGUCUUCUGCCAAUUCGGAUGAUCAUUCACAACAUCAAAAUAAAGGUCCGCCUAGUCAAAUAGCACCCAUUAAUGGACUAUCAGUUAAACCCUUGAUCUCUAAUCCAUCAUCAACAACAUCUUCCUUGACUUCUUUAACUGAUUUAUCAUCGCUUUCAACUGGUCAAAUACAACAGCUUACUAAGGCCGACUUGAUUACACUUUUACAAAACCAAAAUAAUAAAGAGAAACCAACUUCACAAGAAAGUUCAGCACCUAUCAUUGAACAAAGCAGUGACAGGAGCAAGAAUAGACCAACAGCACCCUCAUCAUCUAGCUCAACCCAUUCAACUUCACCCCCAACUUCCAAUUCUGAGUCAAACAAUAAUAAACACAAAUCAAGUGCGGCUCAAAUCAACUCAGAAGCGGGUUCGAUGCUAACAGCCUCAUCAUGGCUUUCUGAUGAACAAAUCAAGUCGCUUACUGCAUCACCCAGCACGAAUGCAAAGUCCUCAUCCUUAGCUUCAUCAGCUAUUUUAGAUUCCUUGACUACACAACCAAAUACUAAACUUCCAAAACAAACAACAAUUAGUUCGGGUGCUAGUUUAGAAGCUGAUUUACCUCUAUCAGCAACUGCAAUAGCAGCCGCUGCAGGAACUGCAAUCACAACAGGAACAGCACUAGCAUCAGCAUCCGCACUCUCAUCUUCUGAUGCAGACUCUGAUUCUUCAGAUGCUUCUACUCUUUUACAGUCAUUCUCAUUAGAUGGAUUAGGUUCACUACUUGACGAUGAAGAUUCGACUGAUCAGAAAUCAGAUGCCGUUAGAUCACCCAAAAAAGUCGUUCAAACUUUAAGCGCAUUACCAACUCCAGCUCUUUCUUCCUCUUCGUCUUCUUCAACUGAUCUGUCUUCGUCCUCAACUGGACAAACCCUUAGCACAGAAUUGCUCAAAGUGAUGCAACAACAGAAAAAUAAAGAGAAAGGAGCUUCACAAGAGAUUAUCGCGCCUAAAACUGCGCAAAUAAGUAACAAUCAACCAUCGUUAAGCGUUGGUAGUUCUGUAUCAAAAUCUAAGCCAGAUGAUAAUAGACAAAUGCCGAGUAUUAUUGAUAUGAGUCUAGAAACGUAUUCACCUCUAUCAGCAACCGCAAUCGCAGCAGGAUUAUCAUCUACUGAUUCAGACUCUUUACCGUUGCUUUCUGGUGCUUCACAGCAUCGAAAUAAAGUCACAACUGAUGAAAAACCAGGUAAUGUUCAUCAGCCACCAUCAAAGAAACCCUCGCCGACAUCAACUGCAUCUUCAUCUUCUCCUUCUACGUUCAUUUCGUCUUCUACAACUGGUUUAUCUUCCCUAUCGGCUGAACAAAUCCAAAAGUUGCCUUCAGAAGAUUUGAAUAAACUAUUGAAACAACAGAAUGAUCAAUUGGAUGAGACUGUAGAAGAAAGUGAAUCACAGAAUAAUGACCAAAUUAGUAGUAAAAAUAAGAAACCAACAUUUAGCACGGGUGCAGCACAGACAUCUUCAGUUUCACCAUCUAAUCCAGCUCUGACAUCAAAACUUUCAAAGCAAAUACCGACUGGUACUGAUGUUAGUUCAGGAGAAAAUUUACCUUUAACAGCAACUGACUUAGCAAUCGGCGCAGGAAAUGCAAUCGCAACAGCAUCAGCACUUUCAUCUUCUGAUUCAGACUCUUCUUCAGUCUUGCUUCCACAUUUACAGACAUCCUCAUUAGGUGAUCUUAGUUUACAAAAUGACAAUAAAGAUUCGACUGAUCUUAAAUCUGGAAGUAUUGUUACACCACUCAACAAACCUCCACAGACUUUAAUCGUACCUUCAGCAUUAUCUUCGUCCUCUCUAUCAACUGAUUUGUCUUCAUUAACGGCAGAGCAAAUCCAACAGCUUACUCCAGAAGAUUUGAUCAAACUGUUAAAGAAACCGAAUAAUCAAUUAGACAAAACUCUGAAAGGAAUUAUAACAGAGAAUGCUGAUCAAAUCAGUGGUAAGAAUACGAAACCAUUAACAAUCGGCUCUGGUACAUCACCGUCGUCUUCAUCUCACUCAGCUUUACCUUCAUCCCCAACAUUACCAUCAACUCCAUCGUUGCAUGUCCAACCAGCAGCAUCAAUACAGUCAGAAUUAGCAAAUUCUUUAUCGACUUCUGCU